AAUAUAAAUAUUAUUAUGCAAAAACCUAUUUAAAGUAAAAUUGUUACUUUAGGGGACUAUGCAGUUGGCAAAAGUAGUUUGAUUUAAAGAUUCACUAAAAAUGAUUUUACAGAAGUAAGAACCUAAACUUUGGGUGCUGAAUUUUCUCCUAAAUAAAUUAUAAGAGAUGGUAGAUUAAUAGAAUUAUAGAUUUGGGACACUGCAGGAUAAGAAGUUUAUAGAAGCAUUGCUAAACUAUAUUAUAUGGGUAUUUUAUAAUAACAAAUAUUAAUAAGAUGCAAAUUUUGCUAUCAUAGUUUAUGAUGUAACAAGACCUAAAUCUUUUGAAGUACUUAAAUUUUGGUUAGAAAAACUAAAUGAAGAAGGAUUACCAGAUAUUAGUAAUCUUGAUUUUUAGUUUAGCUAAAUUUAUUAUUGCAAACAAAAUUGAUUUAGAAUCUAAAGUACCUUUAGAAGAAGUUUAAUAGUAUGCUUACAUAUGUGAUCCUAAUAUUAAGGUUUUUGAAACUAGUUGUAAACAGAAUAUUGGUGUUUUUGUAUUUAUUUUAAAAAUUCUAGGAAUUAUUCAAUCAUAUUGGUGAUUUAGUUAAUGAAAAAGAAAGAUUAAAAUAACAAUAAACUAAAGAUCAGAGACCAGCCAUUAAAAUUGGUGUCUCUGAUAAUAAAAAUGAUACUGAAAAAUCUUGUUGUUGA